UGUUGUUACCACGAGGACAUUGUUUUCAUCGAAAUCGAAUAAAACAGAUAUAAAUUAUUACACUGCACAAUUAUCGCGCAAUUGCUCAUCCUCUGUACACGUGCCACCUAAUUAUCUGUUUGCAGUUGACUUGUGAACCUACGAGAGUGUUAUUUUAUUUGCAACAAAUUAUUGCUUGUUAUUGUUGUAUUUAAAGGAAGUGAGCGUUUCCUUUUGAGAUAAACAUGCAUUUACGGACAUUGGUGUUAAUUUGCGUGCUUUCUUUGGCUUUAGGACAGGACAGGAAGAUAACACCAACACUAAACCCCGACUGCGAAGCAUGCUCGUCAAACACAACCCUCGUGUACAUAAAGGCCGAAGGCUCCCACAACACCAUCCACCAGCUCUGGGAUUUCACGCGGGGGACUCCGACCAUCGUCUACGCCAUCGCUGGUGUCAACUCGUCGCUGAAAGUUGAAUGGGCGCAUGACAAGCCCGUCAAGUUCAAUAUGUCUGAGGAGCCUAGUUAUAGCUUCGCUAUGGCUAUUUCUGAUAUAUACGAAUACAACGAUCUAGAAGACAGGGGGCAUCCUAACAGCAGCACCAAGUUCAGGCGUUACCCGCUAAAGGAGCUGAGCUGGGCGCGGCAAGACAGUGUGCUGACCGAGCAGGAGGCCACGCUCGUGAUGCAGGCGGACCAGUACAGUCGGCAUAGGAACGGGACUGUCGCUAUUAAGCUCGACCUUCUACCAUUCCGUGACUACGCCACACAACUACCCCACCUCAUCCACACAGCCAACUCAACGUUAAUAGACGUCCAACUAGCCAACCUGACGCAGUCGCGCGACUUUAACGCGUCGCGAUUCGCGCUGCGACUGAUAUUGGUCGCGUCGGACGCCAACGGUACAUUGUCGCGGCGAGUGGAGAAGAGUUUGGACGACGAACACACGCCUGGGGUGUUCGAGAUCAUCGAAAUCAAAACGCCCCGGUGUGUCACCACAGGCGCGGGCGGAUACAUGCAGUUCCGACCCGUCGCGUACACGCAGAAGGAACGCAGCGUCACCUCUUCUACCGUCGUACACGUGUCGGAUUUCAACAGUACCCACAUAGUUCCGCCGACCACGUUGUCCCGGUUCUACCCUGACAUCGACGAGAUGCUGUUAGAAGACAUGAUCGUGUCGUUCGGCGAGCCACAGGACGGGUUCUACAGGCAACACAACUAUACUGCUUGGUCCACAACAUUCGGUUAUGGCGCACCACCCGUGGAAACCUUCUCUCUCUUCGUCAUCCUAGUGAUCACCGUCGGGUUGUCCGUGCCGGUACUACUGGCGCUCUCAGGCGUGGCGUACGUGGUGUCGCGGCGCUGCCGGCACGGGAACGAACCCACUAGGCUGCGAGAGGAGUGACUAGCGGGCUUCAGGCUGCUAAGCCAGGACGAUGUCGAGGACUCGUAAAUAAUUAGUGAAAUAUAGACGGCCAAGCAAAUCUUGUCAGUAAAAAAAGGCGCGAAAUUCAAAUUUUGUAUGGGACGAUAUCCCUUCGCGCCUACAUUUUUCAAAUUUGCCGCCUUUUUCUACUGACAAGAUCUGCUUGACCAAGUAUAAUAGCGGAAAAACAGCGAUUCAAAAGUGCAAAAGUUGCGUUAGUGGCGCGGUCGCCAUGAGAGGUUGCGUUUGUUUUAGUUGUUUUUAAAACUUGUUUUAUUUUGAUGGUUAACACGCGUACGCGCCUGAUGUUAAGCGGAUACCGCAGCCUAUGAACGCUUGUUUGUAUAUUUAUAUGCGGCUUUAUUGUCAAGGCGUCUGAGUGCAUAUUUUGAAAAAAAUUUUGUUGGUGACUUCACUAUAUAAUACUGUUGUGUUAAGGUAAAGUAAAGUUAUAUUAAAAUAUCGAAGAUACUUAUAUUAUGGCUGAUCUCUCUUAUUGGUUAAUUUAAUGGUAACAUUUGGGAAUUGUUUUCUUAGUACCCAGAAUCAAAGCCGGAUUAUGUGUUUUUCCCUAUUAUAGGUAAUACUAACUAAAUUGUUGCAAUAAAUAAAUACAAAUAGUUAAUUUAAAUAAAAAUUUCGAAUAUCCUAAAAACAUUCAUAAAUGUAUGCCUAUUGAAGUACUUGUCAUAGAUAAUCAAUCUUAAAUGCUAGAAAUGUAUAUAAAAGAAUAGAAAUGUAUAUUUACUGUAAAAAAAUAUUUAGUCGAGUAAAGUGAUGUUCCUGAUUUAUUUUUGUAAAAUAU